GCGAGGCGUCCGCACGUCCGCGUCGUCCGCCACCGAGGCCACCGAGGCCACCAUGGUCGCCGCCGCGCGCUGCCUCGUCCUGCUCGCCGCCCUGCACGUCGUGGUCGCGGUGCGGUCCCGCGGCGCCGAAGGGUCCUGCGGCGAUGACCAGUUCCAGUGCAGGGACGGCGGCGGCUGCCUCCAUCACAACGAGAAGUGCGACGGCAGGGACAACUGCAAGGACAAGUCCGACGAGGACAGGGCCAUGUGCGACGCAGCCCCGUCCGUGGCCCUGAGCGUGGGCGACACGGUGACGGUCAAGGCGCAGUACCAGGCCAAGCACAAGGCCGUGCGGUUCAACCUGUGCGACGACAACUCCUGCAACAUGAUGUGGGUGCACGGCGUGCUGCCCGACGGCACGCUCAAGUUCGGCGCCUGGACCGAGUGCAACUCGCGCGGCUGGUGGUGCAAGCCGUACUUCAAGGAGACCUGGCCCGACGGCAAGGACGAGUUCCCAGCCGGCGAACUCGUGUUCGAGGUGAAGCGGCACGCCUCCGCCAUGGAAGUGUGGCUGUCCGGCCACCCCGAGCACAAGCUGACGGUGCCCGCCACCGCCAACUACAAGCGCCUCAAGGUCCUGCCCUUCAACUGGAAGUACGACAUGCCGGUCCAGUUCACCAACUUGUGCGGCGACAGCGAGUUCCGGUGCACCAGCGGCGAGUGCCGCGGCGUGCGCGAAAAGUGCGACGGCAGGCUCGACAACUGCCGCGACCUGUCCGACGAGGACCCGUCCAUGUGCGAUUCGGCCCCGACGACCAGCAUCAAAGUGGGCCAGACCACGGUCGUCAAGGUGCAGUUCAAGCCGACGCCGCACAAGGCGGUGAGGUUCAACCUCUGCGACGACAGCUCCUGCAACUUGGUGUGGAUCCACCACCUGCUCGGCGACGGCGCCUUCAAGUACUCCACGUGGAGCGACUGCAACGCCCGGGGCUGGCACUGCAAGCCCAUCAAGGAGGUCUGGCCCAACGACAAGGACAAACUGCCGGCCGGGGAGCUGGUGUUCGAAGUGAAGCGGACCUCGGCCUCCAUGGAGGUCUGGAUCUCGGGCCACCCCGAGCACAAGUUCAGCGUGCCGGCCAAGCCCACCUACAGCCGGCUGAAGGUCCUGCCCUUCCACUGGAAGGAGGACAUGCCGGUCAAGUUCAUUGCCAAGAGCAUCGAGCCCGAGUGCGGCAAGGCCAGGCCCGGCCCCACGGAGCUGGUGAAGGGCGGCGACCCCGCCAGCAUCGAGUCGGUGCCCUGGCACGCCGCGCUGUACCUGGACCGGGCCGGCAAGAUCGAGUUCGUCUGCGGGGGCAGCCUCGUGUCGCGCUGCUUCGUGGUCACUGCUGCUCAUUGCCUCCCGAAAAACGAGAAAGUGUACGUGGCGCUCGGAAAGUACAUCAGCGGGUGGGAUUCCGAAAACGAGGAACCUAAAGUUUUGAAGACUGAGGCGAAGGCCGUGCACAGGCACCCGUACUACAAGGGGGCGGCCACGAAGCAGGGCUACGACAUCGCCGUCAUCGAGCUCAACACCUGCGUCGACUUCAGCGACAAGGCGGCCCCCAUCUGCAUCGACGCCAACGACAAGCCCCAGGCUUCCAACGACAUCAAGGUGGCUGGGUGGGGCAACGAUUCGACGUCCCUAUCAGAGCUGGAGUCCGUGCUGCUGUCCCAGCUCACCUUCGAGGAGUGUUUCCAGCUGAUGAGCUCCAACACGCCGCACCUCGCCUACAUAACGCACGACAAGUUCUGCGCCAGGCGACGACAAGGCGACUCCAAGUCCGGCCUGCUCCGCGGCGACAGUGGCGGCGGCGCCAUCGUCAAGCGGCACGGCCAGUGGCACCUGGGCGGCGUCGUGUCGCUGCGGCUGCAGAACGGCGAGGCCGAGGAGGUGUACGCGCUGACCGACGUGUCGCAGUACGUCGACUGGAUAAUGCGACUGGCCAAGUACUGAAGGGAAGAGGAGGAGAAGAAGAGGGCAUCCUACUUGCCCCGCGGCCAAGAGUGGGUCGGAAAUGCCCCGCUCCCCCCCGCGGCGGCUCUUGAUCAAGGGCGGAUCCAGACACGGGUUCAGGGGGAGGGGACGAUGUCGCAAAAGUUGGCUACCUACCUACAGGGGCUAAGUGCAACUAGUAGCCUAUCUUCCAGAGAUCCUUUAGCACGUGCUUUUUCUAAAGGAUCUCUCAGUAUGGUUCGAAGCAUUGACUCCGCCUCUCUCGCCUCUACACGCACUGUCAUAUAGGCUGAGGGCGUUCAGGGGUUGAUCCCUGCUCUUUUCGGAUCCCAGCGUAUUUAAAUUUUUCAACAUGCUUUCUCGAUGAGAUUCAUGCAAACUCUGACGCACACCCCAGCCCAACGUAGAGGCCGGAAAGCAUCUGUCGACCGCGACCCACUUAAGUAAAGCAGAUAUGGCCUUCCCUGCUCUGUGGGGAUGUGGGUAUAGAGCCUUAUUUUGCCAUAUUUUUUAUUGGGUGGAUUAAAUUGAGGUAGAUCAAAUGUGCCAAUAUUUUGAAAGUUAUUGUUGUGUUCAUGUGCCAAUAUAAGAAAACCAAGGGAGUUGUAAGAUUCUUCCUAUAGCAAGAGACCAGAACAUCAAAGAGUAUCAUGAUUCCUUGGCUUAGUUUUGUUAGGUCAGGUGAAUCGGUAGAAAGAUCUUUUCUGUUUCACAGAGACUCAAGACAAGGAAAUUCUUUCCUGUUUUAUAUUUAUGUAUAAGAGUUUGGGAAGUUUGAGAAGAAAAACUGUGCAAAACUUCUUAAUAUACACAGUAGUAGGCUUGUGAAUAAAAAAAUAAAACACCACUUUUUUUGAACAUUUGA